AUGGGACGUGAGGAGCAUGGAAGGACUUGGUGCAUGGACGCAGCUCAACUGGACACGCAAAGGAAGAAGGAGGAAGCCAUCUUGAAGACCAGCUCGACCACCUACUCGACCACCGGUCGAGUUCCUCAACUCGACCGGCCAAGCUUCAACUCGAUCGAGCUGGAAGUCAAAGCGAUUCUCCACAUGGAAGUGAUGGAAAUCGUUGGAAAAGGUCCACUAAGAGCUCCAAUAACUCUUGCUCUCGAAAUGGAGUUCAUAGGGGUUGGAUGGAUUAGUUUGAGCAAUGAUCCUAUGGCCUCCAAGGCUUGA